UAACUAAAUAAAUAAGUAAAACUUAAUCAACACAAAAGGGUUACAAGCAGAACACAAGAGGUAAUGAUUAUGGAGGGAAAAAGAAGUUAAAGAAAGAAGAGGAGAGAAGAGAAUAAAAAUGCCGGUGGCAAGACCCGAAUCAUCGGAUUCAAGAAUUAUCGCACACGUCGACAUGGAUUGUUUCUACGUGCAAGUGGAGCAGCGAAAGCAGCCACAGUUAAGGGGUUUGCCCACAGCCGUUGUACAGUACAAUGAGUGGAAAGGUGGAGGCUUAAUCGCUGUUAGUUACGAGGCUCGAAAAUUCGGAGUCAAACGUUCGAUGAGAGGUGACGAAGCAAAGGAAGUUUGUCCACAAAUUCUGCUGGUUCAAGUCCCUGUAGCACGUGGUAAAGCUGAUUUAAAUGUUUACCGGAAUGCUGGUUCUGAGGUGGUUUCCAUUCUUGCAAGGAAGGGUCGAUGUGAGAGGGCUUCAAUUGAUGAAGUUUAUCUUGACCUUACUGAUUCUGCGGAAGCUAUGUUAAAAGACACUCCUCCUAAUAGCUUGGAUGUAAUAGAUGAUGAAGUUUUGAAAUCACAUGUUUUGGGUCUGAAGAAUGAGAAUGGAAAUGAUGCUAAAGAAGAUGUGAGGGAAUGGCUAUGUAGAAAUGAUGCUGAUCACCGUGAUAAAUUAUUAGCUUGUGGGGCCAUUAUAGUUGCAGAACUUAGGAUGCAAGUUUUGAAGGAGACUGAAUUUACAUGUUCUGCUGGCAUUGCUCAUAAUAAGAUGUUAGCCAAACUUGCAAGUGGUAUGAAUAAACCUGCACAACAAACUGUUGUACCUUGCGCAUCUGUAAAGGAAUUGCUUGAUUCAUUGCCAAUCAAGAAAAUGAAACAACUUGGAGGGAAACUGGGAUCUUCUCUACAAAAUGAACUGGGUGUGGAUACUGUUGGAGAUCUCCUGCAGUUUUCAGAGGAGAAGCUACAAGAUCGUUAUGGCAUUAAUACUGGUACCUGGUUGUGGAACAUCGCCAGAGGAAUUAAUGGGGAAGAAGUUCAGGGACGCCUUCUUCCUAAGAGCCAUGGUUCGGGGAAGUCAUUCCCUGGUCCUCGGGCUUUAAAGACAAUUGCUUCUGUUCAACACUGGCUGAAUCAACUAUGUGAAGAACUAAGUGAACGCCUUUGCUCUGAUUUGGAGCAAAACAAGCGGAUGGCACACACCCUUACUCUGCAUGCUAGUGCAUACAAGUCUAGCGACUCAGAUUCACAUAAAAAGUUCCCUUCAAAAUCUGGGCCGUUGAGGUAUGGGACGGCCAAGAUUCAAGAAGAUGCAUUCAACUUGUUUCAAGCUGGAUUACGUGAAUAUUUGGGUGCACAUGGAGUCAAGGUUCUGGGAAGUCAUCACAAUGGAUGGGGAAUAACAGGUCUAUCUGUUUCAGCAAAUAAAAUUAUCGAUCUACCCUCUGGAACAUCUUCAAUCAUGAAAUACUUUAAUGGCCAAAGUUCAUUUCACUGUCCUUCAAAGCAAACACCAGAUAGCUUCAUCCAUGAUGCUCCACCAUCGUCCCCCUCAGGUUGUGAGAGCUCUGAGAUGCAAAUUGAAUAUGGUGUUCCUUGUUUGGAUCAACCAGAACAGAAAAUCGCUGCUAGCAAAGAUCAGGAUUCAUUUUACUCCUCAGCCAUACAAACAAAAGAUGGUUUCAUGCUUGGUUCAGGGGUUCAUUCAGGGAGUGAAAGUUGCUCAGGACUAACCCAAAGUAACUCCAAAGGAUGUUUUCCUGGGGAUGAGUUCAGGGCUACAAUGCCCAGCCUUGUGCACAAGGAACAGAAAAAAAAUGCUGUGAGAGACAAGGGAACAAUCUUGGAAUUUUUCAAGAACUGUAAUCCCUCCUGCUCUUCAUCAAAACUGGAAAGUAUUGACAGGGUUCGAGGUUCAGAAGUAAACCUAGUUGAGCUGGGAAAGGAGAGCCUUCUUGCAGAGCACAGGGCAAAUUAUGACAGGCAUAAUUUAACUCAGAAUGCAGAGAGGGAAUCAUGGAACUACAAAAUUGAUGAGAUUGACCCGUCUGUGAUUAACGAGUUACCACCAGAAAUUCAAGAUGAGGUUCGGGCUUGGCUCCAACCUCACAAGCGUGCCAGAAUAGUUAAAAAAGGUGCUACCAUUGCCCAUUAUUUCUCACCACCUAAAACAUGAACAAAUGACAUGUCAUAGUCAGAUAGUGUACCUUGUAUCUGUAUAUAGGGAAUAUCAUAUCUUGUAUAUAGAUUCUUUUACUUAUGGAUAACUAAAUUAGACUUGGAACCUCAAAAUCAAAGUUUCUUGAGGUUAAAUCCAUGUCUGACAUCUUAUCUACAUAUAUUCUUUUAUGUGCGAUUUGUGAUAGGUUGCAACAUUGUGUCUUGUUACUGAAAAAAAAUAUGGAACUUGUAUCAUGUAACUUGGAGUUAAUUGCCUUUGUAAUUAAGCUUCUGUAUUAUUUCA